CGUCUGAAGCAAACUGUACCUUUAGUGGAACUUGUGUCAUCUUCUGCUGUUCACUGCCGUGUCUGGAAAAAGCUUUUACUCAUUGCGGUUCUCCAUCACAUGCACCUCAAAAAAAAAAAAAUCCCUCAAGUCCUAGCCUAGCAUCUUCCUGUAAACAUGUGUGAGAAGGGUUUUAUCUCUCCUCCCCAUUCUCCCUCACAAUUCAUCUCCUCUCCAUCCACUCAGUGCGAAGUGCAGCGGCCGAACCUGCUCUCACAGGGUCACUUUUGAUCAUCUCUGGGCAGGAAGCGAUACUGAAGUGUAUGACACCCUCUUCAUGUCUGAGAAACUAUUUUCUCAGAGGUCACACGGGACUGCAGCUGGACUUGAGGAGGUUCUGGGGCUGAGCUUGUAAAGUUACACUGCUGGGAUUGGGUGAACACUGGUGGAAUUGGAGGAGAACAUUUUAUUAUUUGCUGUGUUGAUUUGCAGACGAAGUUCCCAUUGACACGCAUUAUAAGGCUGAGAGACCGCAACGGUUGAAGUUAAAAAUCAUCAUUUGUGUUCUACUGAAGAAACAAAGUCACCUACAUCUUGGAUGCACUGGGGAAGCUGUAUGAAGUGCACUUAACUAUACUGACUGUGCACUUGUAGUCAACUUCAGAUAUUAAAAAUAUAUAUUUUUUGAGAACGGCAGAUGUCCACUUAUACUAUUAUGAUGAACGCAACAUUGAAUGCAAGCAACUCAUCAUGUGUGAUGAUGCACCCAUCGGCAGGUCACCUGCUGAUGUCUUUCUACAUCAUCGCCUUCGUCCUGGGACUGCUGUUCAACCUGGUCACCUUUGGCCCCAUAAUUCAGCAGAUCUGCAGAAAGAACAUUCUAGGGAUCUACCUUCUCAGCCUGUCUGUCUCGGAUAUCCUAUACAUCCUUACCAUGCCUCUGUGGAUCUAUUAUUUAAACAACAACCACAAAUGGACCCUUGGUCAGGGACUCUGUAGUCUGGCUGGCUUCAUUUAUUACUCCAACCUGUACAUCAGCAUCUUUAUCCUCUGCUGCAUCUCCAUCGAUCGCUGCCUGGCCAUCACCUUCCCUCUGAGAGUCCAAGCCUUCCGGCGCCAGCGCUAUGCCUGGAUCAUCUGUGGGCUGGUCUCCGUUUCUGUAAUGGCCUUGCACUGUUUGGUGCUGUACCUGGACAAGCUGGAAGAUCCCCUAGAUGACAGCGACCAGAGGUGCUACGAGACCUUCCCCAUGACAGAACGCAUUGCGAUGUUCAACCUGAUACGGGCAGGGGUUGGCUUCCUCUUGCCGCUGGUGGUCAUCACGAUAUGCUACUGGUUGAUCUCAGCCAAGGUGCAGCAAAGUAGUGGGGUGGACGAGCAAGGCAAGCGCAAAGUGAGGCUUUUGUCAAUGGGAGUCAUUGGCAUUUUCUCUUUCUGCUUUGCACCGUACCACAUCCUCCUGAUGAUACGAUCCAUCGCUUUCUUUUCUGUUGGAGAUCAACGAAGCUGCUACUUUGAACAAGCAAUGUAUUUACCCUUCACUUGCUCCCUCGGGCUAUCCAGCCUGAACAGCAUGGUGGACCCAGUGCUUUAUGUUUUGGCGAGUAAUGGAGCUAGGGAGGACAUGAGGUUGUUCUGUUGGAAAAAUAACCAGAGACAGAUGACAGGAAGCCCUCUUGUUGGUUCCGAGUGGAAGACAAGAGUAACAAACUUGAAAUAAAAUCAACCUCAAAGUAGAUUUGUGCCUGACAGCACAGUGUAUUUGUACACAAUGCUUUUGCACCCAUUCAAGAGUAGUGCAAAUCAGUACCCAGCACAAAAUCGCCCAAACCGCUUGUGCUGGCACAAUUUUGCAGAUGGGUUCUGAAUGUUAAGAUGUGGAGGGAGCAGCAUAGCUGGUGUACUUUUCUGGAACUCCACCACUGCGAUCCAGACAGCUGAAUCAAAUGCGUUCGACUAAUGUGCUUGUCUGGAUUAUAAUGAUUUUCUUUAUCAUUCGAUGAAUAAUUGCCACCAUGACUGUAACGCUUGCUUUCUGCAAGGCAGUUUUUGGUAAAAAGCACCAAGUUGUGUGAGUAAAGCUCAUCUAUAAUAAGCCUAAUUUGCAUAGAAAUCAAUGACAUGUACUGACAAUACUGAUGCUGCAGCAUUUUUGUGCAUUUAGCUGGUUAAACUGGAUUGUGGUGGCUUAGUGAAUAAUAAUAUUGUGUUUUGUGCUGAAAUACUGUGUAAAAAUGACUGUUUAGGGAAUUAGCCACUUUAUGCAAGUGUUGUAGUCGAGACCAGCUCAUUUGAGUCAGAGUCAAGAUGGAAACCAGCGACCAGUUUCAUAAAGACAGUCACUAAGACCAAGUCAGACCAACUAGCUGUUAGCCAAAAGGGUAAUUUUUCGGGUUCAAAUUAGACCAAUCUACCUGUUUAGGUAACUUACUAAAAAACGUUAUGACCAGUCUUAAAAAAAUUAGAUGACUAUCUCUUGAUCCUUAAGUCCGAAUCCAAGAUCAUAUUUUCAUGGUUUUGAUCUUGGUCCUCGAUUCAGAAUUUAUGAACAUAUUUUCAUGGUUUUGGUUUUAGUCCUUGAUUCCGAGUCCAAGAUCAUAUUUUCAUGGUUUUGGUCUUGGUACUCGAUUCAGAGUUUAUUUUCAUGGUUUUGGUCUUAGUCCUUGAGUCCAAGUCCAAGAUCAUAUUUUUAUGGUUUUAGUCUUGGUUCUUGAUUCAGAGUUUAUAAACAUAUUUUCAUAGUUUUGGUCUUAGUCCUGGAGUCAGAGUCCAAGAUCAUAUUUUCAUGGUUUUGGUAUUGGUCCUUGAGUCUGAGUCCAAGAUCAUAAUUUUCAUAGUUUUGGUCUUGGUCCUCGAUUAAGGCCCGGUUUCACAGACAGGGCUUAGGCUAAGCCAGGAUUUGGCCUUAGUUCAGUUAGGAUAUUUAAGUAGUUUUUAUAAACAUACCCUAGAAAAAAACAUUGCUGGUGUGUAUCUUAAGACAAAACAAUGGCAGUGACAUUUUAAGAUAUGUCAGUACAAGUUGCUUUCAGUUAAAACAGCUCAAACAUGCAUUUUAGUCUAGGAGUAGCUUAAGCCUUGUCUGUGAAGUUUAUGAUCAUAUUUUCAUGGUUUUUGUCUUGGUCCUUGAUUCAGAGUUUAUGUACAUAUUUUCAUGGUUUUGGUCUUAGUCCUUGAAUCCGAGUCCAAGACUAAAUUUUCAUGGUUUUGAUUUUGGUCCUCCAUUCAGAGUUUAUAAACAUAUUUUCAUGAUUUUGGUCUUAGUCCUCCAGUCUGAGUCCAAGACUAAAUUUUCAUGGUCUUUUCUAAACUUUCAUGGAUCAUUUGGAUUCUGACUCAACUCUCUUCUGGUCACUGUCCUGACUCAGACUCGAAUUAACUGGUCUUGACUACAACAUUCCUGUCUGCAGAUGUUUAUUUUUUUAAACUCAGAUUCUGUUUCAUCUAUUUGUGUGAAAAGAGAAAAAGGAAUAAUUACUUUGCUGUUUUAUCUGAGAUGGGGCAUAUGUCUGUGUCUUUACGAACACCAAGAGGAUGUUUACAAAUUAUGGAUUUGCAGUGGAACAGGACCUGAAUCUCUGUCUAUGAAGGACCCUUGAAUCACUUGAACUUUCUAUGUGAGAGCCGUACUCAGCCCAAGUGUUGUUAUUGUGGGAUAAAGCCUCGCUUGUUAGUCCUGUUUAAUUCACAGACAACUCCCUGUAACGUACCGUUAAACCAGAUUUAGCCAUUAAAGAUAGAUGUUAAAAAACAACCUGUUGCAAUGUAAGCAAUUUCAGUGCUCAGCAUGUUGCUAUUCUCUCUUCUUAAUAUAUUACGCUCAGCAAAACCAUAUUUUCACUCCUGUAAUUUACCAAUGACGCAAAGAAACUAAAUGAUGAAAUAAAAGAAUUACUCUGA